UUAUGUUUCAUCUCACAUAGUGGGAAUUUCUCAUAUAAAAGCGAUCAUCCGAAUUUUAAAAGUAUCACUGUGCCAUCAACCAAAUCGUCCGCACCUCAUCGAAAAAAAAUGAGACGAGUUUUGCUGAUUAGUGCCCUUUGUGGGCUUGCCGCCUGCGCCGGCCCCAACCAGUACCUGCCCCCCAACCGCGGCGGCUCCUUCGGGGGCCAAAGCAACCGCUUCUCCUCCCCGUCAUCGUUCAGCGGCGGCGGCAGCAGCGGCGGUUUCUCCUCCCCCUCGUCGUUCAGCGGCGGUGGAGGCGGCGGUUUCUCCUCCCCCAGCCAGCAAGUGCCAAUUCUUCGUCUAGAUAACAACAAUGAGGGUGACGGCAAUUACCAGUACGCUUAUGAGACGGGUAAUGGUAUAGCUGCCCAAGAAAGGGGUCAGUUGAGAGGCGACUGGGUGGCAGCUGAUGGGUCCUUCUCCUUCACGUCGCCAGAAGGUCAACAGUUCAGUAUUACGUACACUGCUGACGAAAAUGGGUUCCACCCGCAGGGGGCUCACCUUCCCACGCCCCCGCCAAUUCCUGAAGCGAUUUUGAAAUCGAUUCAGCAGAAUUUGGCUGAAGAGGCUCGUGGGGGUUAUCAGGAUGAUGGGCAGUAUAAUGGAGGACAUGGAUCAUCUGGGGGGUCUGGAGGACAUGGAGGGGCUGGUAGUUUUGGGUCUGGGUCGAGAGGGUCUGGCGGGUUUGGUGGGUCUGCUGGGUCGGAUGGUUACAGAUACUAGUUUCCCAUUUCAUUAGUGAUCAAGCCAUUGUUUGUGUUAUUUAACAAAGUGCACCUUAGAAUAAUAAAUUAUACACAAUUA